UGUCGGCAGCAGAGCAGACUCGACCUGCCCAACGCAGCCUGGCACCGCGCACGCUCUUAUACCUGAUGACAAUUCGGUUAUACCAAGUGAUAUAGCUGAUCAGUGGGACUUGCUCACUUCUGCGUGACUGUCGUAGGAUAUAGUUCACACUGGUUACGAUUUGAUCUGAACAUAAAGAAGCAGAAAUAUUUUCCAACGUCUCCAAAAGGAUAUACUUUUUCUAUCUGCCGGAGGAGGUCAUUUAAACCAAAAUGCCAGCCGACACCAUGGAGAAGCAAACGGCAUCCCCUAUUGCUGGUACACCUGCAAAUGGGUCCCAUACUCCAGACAAACCCAAGAAUGCCAGCGAGCAUAGAAAGUCCUCAAAGCCCAUCAUGGAGAAACGUAGGAGAGCGAGGAUAAACGAAAGCCUUGGCCAACUCAAGACACUCAUCCUCGAUGCACUUAAAAAAGAUAGUUCCAGACAUUCUAAAUUGGAGAAAGCCGAUAUUCUGGAGAUGACAGUGAAGCACUUACGGAAUUUACAGCGUGUGCAGAUGACUGCAGCGCUGUCAGCAGACACUACCGUCCUCAGUAAAUACCGGGCGGGAUUCAACGAAUGCAUGAAUGAGGUCACUCACUUCUUGUCCACCAGCGAGGGGGUGAACACGGAGGUGAGGUCGCGGCUUCUCAACCACCUGUCCGGUUCCCUAGGCCAGAUGAUCUCCAUGAACUACCCCCAGUCAACCCCAACUCAACAGGCUCACCUUGCGCAGCCUCUUCACGUGCAGCUACCUUCUACCUUGCCCAACAGUGUCUCUAUGGGUUCCAAACUCAGCACCGUGGAAUCCUUGUCUCCUAAAGUUUUCGGGGGGUUCCAGCUUGUGCCUGCCACCGACGGACAGUUUGCUUUCCUGAUUCCCAACCCUGCAUUCGCCUCAUCAUCAACCCCAGUCAUCCCUCUGUAUGCUAACGCAGGUGUGCCUAUGACAGUUAACGCCAGUCCCGUCCACCGCAGCUCUGCGCCAACAGCAUCAUCCCCAGUCCAUGGGAUGACAUCAUUCGUCGGUGUUUCUCAGGCCGUCAGCCCUGUCGGUGUCAGCACUGGUUCGGAGAGCACUGAGGCUGUUUGGCGACCCUGGUAGUUUGGUUGAAAUGGACACUACAAUAAUGAAAGUUAUUUUCAUGAAGUAAAUAGUUCCGUUCUAGGGGACAUCGUUUCAUUUGUUGGACAUGGUAAACGUUUGUUUAAGUUAUUGGCUGAUUCCAAAAUGUGGAUGUUGGUGAUAAAUAUGGUGUCCAUGCAAUGGAAGAUUUAUUCAAAUGUUUGUGAUUAAGUACUUUUUAUGGAAAGAUGUAGUUUUGUACAAAGUUGAUAUUGAUUGUUAUACCAAAGCUGUGUGUUUUUAUAUUGUUUGUCGUUUUAUGUUUGGAAAUUGAUGUUGGGCAGUGGCCCAUUUACCUAAUAAAUCAGUUGUCAGAAAUUAA